AUGGCGAUCCAGUCGUACCCCGCAACAGUGGCGGCGCUGCUGUUGUUGCUUCGACUGAGCUCGAGCACCGGCUACCACGUGGUGCACUCGCAACACCAGCACACGCAACAGGCACCGGUCUCCUACGUCUACUACAGCAGUCACCUCGAGGACGCCUACCCGGUCCACGAGCGCGCGCCCCUCCACCUGGCGCAGCACCAGCAGCCGCCACCGCUCGCCCCGUACUACAACCUCUACGCCGCCCAACCUGCCCCCAUAGGCCACCCCGAGGGGCUGCUCGAGGCUUCGUCCGAGGAGGAGUCGGGCUCGCAACAGGAACUCGAGCGCGACUCGGCGAGCGGCGAGCGCGACCGGCAAGGCUACGCCCAGAGCCACGGCUACGAGGCCGCCGAGGCGAAGAAACACGACUCGGGCAGCGAGGAAGCCCACCACGAGGAGGAGGCCGCCCACGCAGCCGGGCACGAGCACGAGGAGGCGGAACAUGGGGCCCACGAGGAGGAGGAGGCAGCCAGGGACGCCGCCAGCCACUCGGACGGCUCCUUCCAUCGCAAGGGGGAGCGCACCACGGGCUACCACAAGGUGUACCACAAGGACGAGUACAAGAAGAACAGCGAGUUUUACGACGAGGCGGACGCCGGGGGGCAGUACGAGCGCUACGGCUCGGGGAGGAAGGAGCACGCGGCCGAGGAGGGUGGCCACGCCAAAGCCGGGAGUCACGAGUCGGGGCACGAGAACGCGGUCCAAGGGCGCCGGGGUUACGGCGACGCGGGGCACGAGGAGCUCGAGAGCAGGUCCCGGGUGGCCGAGGAGGCCGAGGACGCGCACAGCCGGGAGCACCAGGAUCACGCCAGCAGGGACGGCCAUCGGCUGGCACACCGACACGGGGACCAUCACCACGGGCCGCUGUACCACAGGCUGCGUCGGUGA